AUGGAAAAAGACCUUAGUAACUCGCCCUCCACGCAGCAGCAAGGGUCGUUGCUCUUUUCCAACACACCUUCAGACAGCAGCAUGGCUGUGCUGUCUCCCCCAGCUUCCCGGUACGCUUUCGAACCGUCAGCAUCGACGGCCGCAAUCCCCCCACUAGGAACCGUUCACCCGUUGGAUGGCUCGCCCCUACUCGAGCCCAACACCAGUGGUAACUUCGGCUCUUCGGGCUACUUCAUCGACAGACCGAGCUCGUCCAUUGGCUAUGGCAACGAAAACGACGUCCCGGCUUUCGAACCCCAAACCCAACUUGUUCUGCAAGGCUUUACCCAAGACCUGAAAACUUUCACCAACUGGCUCAAACACCUCAAUGCCGAGGAGCAGCGCACCUGUAUGGACGUGUUUCUUGGUGAAAUAAAAGAGGAGGUUUGGCAGUAUGUCAAGAGUAAGGUCAACAACACCACCGCCACCCGGUCCACCAAUGAUCAGGGUUUACUGUUCUCGCCGCCUCUUUCGAGCAGCAACAUAUACCAGCAGCCGGUGAGGCCGGUUUCGCCGCUGCUGGCGCUCAGUUCGGAGUCUGCCACGCUGGAUUCCAUUCUCAGCGACGAGCAGGCCAGAGGUCUUUUGGCUCACCCCAAGCCCGUGCACCAGUUCCCGUCGCAAAUGAGAACUGGCAACUCGUUGGCAGCGGUGAUGGGAGGCGAUCCGGUGAGGCCCAGAAGUGCGGGACACGCAAACUCGGCAGGAGGAAAAUUCCAGCGGAGUUCUCAGCUCGGUGCGCAGACGAAAGCGCACCAGUCGCAGUCGACGGCCCCGUUGCUGCGUGUUUUCUCGCCGGAGGUUGACCCAUCCGGCUUCCAAAGACGCACCAGAGAGUUCAUGGAGCCCGCUAGCGUUGGCGGCGAGUUUGGCCUCACGUCUUCCGAAUUGGCCGGCUCCAACGCGAUCAAGCUUUCCAACUCGCUGAACACCAUAACUCACCGGUCCAAGCUCGAUAGCAACAAGCCCAAACCUGCCGAGCCAACUACACCUACGUGGAGCAGCGUGGUGGCCAGUUCUGACGAAAGAGGCCGACUCCCAGUGAGCCGCGCCCCACAGAACCAGUCCAGCUCGCUCCCACCAGCCACAAGACUGGCCUCCAAACCCGAACCUCUCAGCAAGAGCACCAUCCAUUCCCCACAGGCGAAAGCUGCCGGCUCUUCCCACUUGAAAUCGCCGUUGAACGCUCCUGUGCCUCCCAAAUCGCCUGUUCCGCGGGACAUUGCGUCCAGAUCUCUUUUGAAGGACAUUCCGGCUUGGCUCAAAGCCCUUAGGUUGCACAAAUACACGGAGAAUCUGCAAAGCCUCAACUGGGCAGACAUGAUCGAGCUAAGCGACAGCCAAUUGGCCGAUCUUGGCGUGAGCACGGUGGGGGCCCGCAACAAGCUGCUCAAAUCGUUUGCGUUCGUGAAGGAGAAUCUACAUGACUAA